AUGGGUUUCUUCGACCCGCUCGGAUUAUUGUCGCCAUUCACCAUUCACGGCAAAAUUAUCAUCCAGCAUAUGUGGCGUUCCAACUGCGACUGGGAUCAGGAAAUCGAUAUCAAGUGCUGGGAGCUGUGGAAGCGGUGGACCAGUAUGUUACCGGAGGUGGAAGCCAUCCGAAUUCCACGUUGCUACCUCGGAGGUGCUAAGUGCUCCGAAAUCGAUUCGCUGGAAGUUCACAUCUUUACCGAUGCCAGCGAACACGCGUACGGAUGCGUGGCGUAUUUGCGAGCGGUUGUCAACGGCAAUGUUCAUUGCAGCCUGAUGAUGUCUCGAGCAAAGGUGGCACCGAUUAAACGUCAGUCAAUUCCUCGUCUGGAAUUAAUGGGUGCGGUUCUGGGAGCCCGUAUGAGUCAAACCGUUCUGGACACACAUUCGUACAAAUUCCUCCGUACUGUUUUCUGGACAGAUUCUCGCACAGUGUGUAGCUGGCUGAAUUCCGACCAACAUCGCUACAAGCAAUUCGUUGCAUUUCGGGUCGGCGAAAUCCAGGAGCUCACAAAGGUUACUGACUGGCGAUGGGUGCCAACCAAACUGAACAUAGCAGACGUAUUGACGAAGUGGGGACAAGGUCCACCUCUUCAAAGCGAUGGAAUAUGGUUUCAAGGACCAGAUCUCCUGUACCAGCCGGAGGAUCAGUGGCCAUCGAAAAAAUCAACGUUUGAAGAAACCGAGGAGGAGGCACGAGGUUCUGUGUUGUUCCAAGAGGUGAUCAACGUUGAAGCGAUUUCUCGUUGGACAAGACUCUUGCGAGUGACGGCUACCAUGGUACGCUUCAUCGUCAACUGCCGGCGUAAAAAACGAGGUGAGCCGAUAGUGACAACAUGGGCAACGACGAAGCAACGUCGGCUGAUCGAAGCGACAGCGGUGAAUUAUGUGGCAGUGCAGGUACCACUUGGGCAGGAAGAACUUCAGCAGGCCGAAACCAUCCUGUGGCGGCAGGUACAGUGGGACAGUUUCCCUGAUGAAAUGAGCAUGCUCACGAACAAUCUGCAGCGCCAGCCGGGUCAGCCGCUUGAGAAGAUUAGGAAGAGCAGUUGCAUCUAUAAGAGUUCACCGGUACUGGACGACGAAGGCGUGCUGCGUAUGGAGGGUAGACUGGCGAAUUCUGGGGAAAGUUCAUUCGACAAGAAGCAUCCGAUCAUCUUGUCCCGGUCCCACGAAAUUACGCAGAAACUGAUCCAGCACUACCACGAAGCGUUCGGGCACGCGAAUUCGGAGACGGUGUUCAACGAAAUGAGACAGAGGUUCCAUAUUCCCAAGAUGCGCCCAGCGAUCCAAAAUGUGAUGAACAGGUGCGUAUGGUGUAAGGUGAACAAAUGCCGUCCAAGAUCUCCAAGGAUGGCUCCCCUACCAGUUGAAAGAGUCACUUCUCAUCUACGGCCCUUCAGCUCCGUGGGCAUAGAUUACCUGGGUCCGGUGGAAGUAACGAUCGGUAGACGAAAAGAGAAGCGUUGGGUGGCAGUAUUCACCUGUUUGGCUGUGAGGGCGGUGCACCUCGAAGUCGUGCACAGUUUGACAACUGAAUCCUGCCAAAUGGCAAUCACUCGUUUCCAUAGUAAGUUUGGGAAGUCAAAUAACAUAUUCUCCGACAACGCUACAUGCUUCCAGGGAGCUAACAACGAGAUGGUAAGGAUGGAGAGCAUCAACCAGAAAUGUGCUGAAAGUAUGGCCAGUCCCGCUACCGCUUGGCACUUUAACCCACCCGGAACGCCACACAUGGGCGGCAUCUGGGAGCGAAUGGUACGAUCGGUUAAGGAGGCGAUGCGUGCACUGGACGACGGAAGGAAGCUGACGGACGAGAUCCUAGUGACGACGCUGGCGGAAGCGGCCGAUAUGAUCAACAUGCGGCCGUUGACCUACUUGCCGCAGGAUUCGGUCGAAACUGAAGCACUGACCCCGAAUCAUUUCCUACGGGGAACGGUGGCCAGUGCCGACAAGCAGGUGGAUGGUGGACCUACGGAUUUCGCCGAAGCACUCCGAAAUAUAUACAAGCGCUCGCAAUAUCUUGCCGACAAGAUGUGGGAAAGAUGGAUUAAGGAGUAUCUGCCGACGAUCAACCAACGGUCGAAAUGGUUCGACGAGCAGAAGCCGCUAAACGAGGGCGACUUAGUGUUCGUGGUCGAUGGAAAGAACCGGAAGUGGUGGAGACGAGGUAUCGUGGAAGCGGUAACCAAGGGUUCGGAUGGACGAAUCCGACAGGUGAACGUGAGGACCGCUGAUGGAAAAGUUCAAAGACGUGGGGUAGUGAAUCUAGCGGUGUUGGAGAUUCAGUAAAUCCGGAUUUCAAGCAUUACCGGAUGUUACGGGCUGGGGUGUUGCAACACCGCAGAGGUGAAUCUGGCAACACUGCAUAACGGUACUGCAGAUUGAGUGCUGCCGUUAAAUGUUGACAAAUAGGAAUGGAGAUAAGUAAACAAGAUGAUAGUAUGUAGUAGUAGUGGUAGUAGUAGUAAUAUAGAUAAUAGUGAGUGGUAAACAUAAUUCGCCAUCGCAAAUAUAAUCUCGAUGUAUUAUUAGAAUAUAAACAAUUCAGUUCCGCGGUUAAAGUUUAUUAUUCGAAAAUCGUAUAUAAAUAGUGCUAGAUUGGUCGCAGGAGGUACAAAAAACGUUCCUUAUUUACCGCUAAAUCCUCGACGGUCGAUCGUGGUGGAUACCUGUAAAGGAUACAUUCACCCAAAAAGUAUCUACCAUUCCUCGUUGGAUUUAGAUUCACCUGCAAAUAGGUCGAGCAUAUAGCACAACAACGUUAGGGUAGUUGGACCGAAGUUCGGAUCAAGCGCAAAUCAUACAGCAAAUCGUAAGUUUCGUAGCGUUAGUGAUGAGUGAUCGUUAAUUAAAAUUAAUUAAUUUAAUAGGAUCAACAGAGAGAGUGUAGGAGGAAGAAAAGGAAGCUUUAUACAGUGGGAAAGGAAACCACUUUAUUGUAAGUAACAUCUAAUAUUAAUAAAAAUUGUAAGCUAAUGAUAAUAAAUGUUUACAGUUUGAGCGUUGCUGAAAACUAGUCAGCUGCUGUUGA